AUGCCGUUCAAGAGAUACGUGGAGAUUGAGAGGGUAGCUCUCAUCAACUAUGGCAUAGACUUCAGGAAGCUCGGUGUUUUCGUCGAUGUCAUCGACCAGAACCGAGUUACAAUCGGGACCCCCAAUAUGGUUGGGAGCCAAAUAAACUUUAAGAGACGGUCACCGAUAUUAAGAUUGAAAUUAGCAGUCUCCUUGUCAGAGAUUGGUCUACAAGCCAUACAGGAGAUGGACAAAGAAAACGUUUGGAAAAAGAUCAAGAUGAUUGUCGUGAGAAGAAUUCUUGUCGAAAAAUUCAAGAACGGGAAAGUAAAACAUUGGAAAUUCAUGUGA